CAAACUCUUACAUAACUCACUCACUCUCUCUCUCCCUCGGUAAACUAGCUUCUUUACUUUUCCGGCUCUGGUCGGGUAAACCAACUCCGGCAGAAAAAUGCAGCUCUCUCGGGUCAUGUUAGCUACACUCUGCAUUGUCCUGCAGCUACUUGUUGGCUCGUCCGGUUUGGCUACGACCCAUCGCCACGUGUCUAGCUCCCGUUGGCUCCCUGCAGUCGCUACCUGGUACGGAAGCCCCAACGGCGACGGCAGUGAUGGAGGAGCGUGUGGGUACGGUACGUUGGUGGAUGUGAAGCCGUUACAUGCGAGGGUUGGAGCAGUGAAUCCUAUUCUCUUCAAAAAUGGUGAAGGCUGCGGCGCUUGUUACAAGGUUCGUUGUUUGGACAAGAGCAUUUGUUCCAGGAGAGCCGUUACCGUCAUUAUCACCGAUGAGUGUCCGGGCUGCUCUAAAACUAGCACUCACUUCGACCUCAGUGGUGCCGUCUUCGGCCGCUUGGCCAUUGCCGGCGAGUCUGGCCCUCUCCGUAACCGUGGUCUUAUCCCCGUCAUUUACCGCCGGACCGCAUGCAAAUACAGAGGGAAGAACAUAGCGUUCCAUGUGAACGAAGGCUCAACUGAUUUUUGGCUCUCUCUUUUGGUCGAGUUUGAAGACGGAGAAGGCGACAUUGGCUCCAUGCACAUUCGACAAGCAGGAGCAAGGGAUUGGUUAGAGAUGAAACACGUAUGGGGAGCCAAUUGGUGUAUUGUCGGAGGACCACUCAAGGGACCAUUCUCUAUCAAGCUCACCACUUUGUCCGCCGGUAAAACACUCUCUGCCACUGACGUUGUCCCUAGAAACUGGGCUCCCAAAGCAACUUACAGUUCCCGUCUCAACUUCUCCCCCAUUCUCUGAAUGUCUGAACCAACUCUUCUACAUACAUAGUCAAAGACUAUUAUUGUUCCUAUUACUACUCGUGUGAUCGUGUUUUUUGAAGAGAGAAACAGAGAGUGACUGCUAGCCGAGGGAUGGCAAGAAAGAAAGUUCAUCCUGAUCCAACGGCUGUUACGUUCUCUCCUCUUCCUUCUUGUGUUGUGGAUUUGUGUGUUGUGUGUGUGUGAUGUGUCGGUGAGUGUGUUAGAGUCACUGUAGCCAUCUCCAAAGGGGAGAUAGAGCUAGGAGUAGUAUAUGGUGGUGUCAUGUCUGUUUUUGUUUCUAUAUAAAAAUUCUUGUCACUAUCUCUUUCUAUUAUGGGACAUGACAUAAUAUAUCAUAUGAAUAUUUAUCACUAUCUCUUUCUAUUGUGGGACAUUACACAAUAAUGUAUCA